AUGGACGACGUCUCCAUCAUCACCGCGCUGACGGUUGCGGUGACACUUUUUUUUUUCAGCAAUUUUCCCCUAGUCUAUGGAUUUCUUGCUUCAAGGCGAUCAUCUUCACAGACGGCGGAGUGUUAUAUCGAUGAAGAUGGUGAAGCUUCGAAGGCUGGGUCGAGCGCGAACAUCCAGGAUAAGGGAGCGAGAUGGAGCAUUGGGAUUUUGUCGGUGGCUGGUUUGGGCUGUGGAAUAGCUGGAGUUGUUCUCAAUGCUGUUGCGGAGAGGCAUGAGGAUACCCUGGAGCCACUGAUCUGGUGCCAAUUGGCUGGAUGGAUACUGGCAAUUGCACAUUCCAUACUUCUUUUCUUAGAGCCGUCCAUGCCACGGAGGUUCAUGAUCGCACACUGUUCCUUCUGGACGAGUAUUGGUAUAAUCAUUCUUGCCGCCGCAUGCGACAGUCCAGAUGCUCGAUCAAAUCAAGGUCCCUCCGACUUUUCGUUGCAAGUCGCAAUCACCACAGUCGCGGGACUUCGAGCAAUAUGCUGCAUUCUGGUUCCUCGGCGACCAGAUGUCUACCACGAAGGACACAUAGUCGACCAAGAACAUACCGUGAGCAUGUGGAGUAGGCUCACUUUCAGCUAUGUAGGAUCAUUGGUGUGGCGGACUGGCAAGAAUCAAGGCAAGACGGAGGUGAAGGAUUUCCCACAACUGCCGGCCAAAGCUCGUUCUGCCAAUCUUUACAGCACGCUUGAAGAUGCGAGAAAGGACGGCCGAACGCUGUUCAGAGCAAUGUGCACUGCUCACUUUGGCGCAUUGAUGCUCCAGCUCACGCUCGCAAUUGGCUCCGGACUGCUCAGCUUCGGUCCACAGCUCGCGCUGUAUGGAAUCCUGCGAGCACUCGAGACUCAAUCUUUGCAAACCGCAAAUAUAUGGGCAGCGGUGCUAGGUGUGACAAUGUUUCUGUCAUCUAGCGUGACAUCGUGGCUUUGGUGGAUCACAUAUUCGCGAUUGGCCAUUCCACUGUACUCGGAAUUGUUGGCUCUUUUGUAUGCCAAAGGAAUGCGUCGCAAGAUCGUCCACAGAGCUGCGCCAGCAUCGGAGGGUGGCGAAGAGUCGGACGACAAACUCCAGGAACAAGGAGAGCAAGAGACGCUGAACCUGGUCACAGUGGAUACCAAGCGCAUCUCUGAUGCCGUCUCAUAUCAGCACCUGGUUCCGUCCUCAGUCACACAGUUCAUAUUUGGCUGCGCAUUCCUUUGGGUCUUGAUCGGAUGGCAGAGCUUACUGGCUGGUCUCGGAGCAAACUUGUUGCUAAGUCCCAUCAGCUGGUAUAUUGCCAAGCAUUACGGAGCCUUCCAGAAGACGUUGAUGGCCACUCGAGACCAACGGACUGCAAUUGUUCAUGAGGUGACUAAAAACAUCCGGCAGAUAAAAUUCUCGUCCGUGGAAUCGCCGUGGGAAGAUCGGGUGCUUGAAGUUCGUGGCAAGGAAAUGCGCCUUACCUUCAAAGGCAUUUGUUUCGAAACAGCGUUCCAGUUCACUUGGACGCUUGCUCCACUCCUGCUAUCAGCUGUUGCUCUGACAGUCUAUGCCCUUAUUUACGGCAACCUGGAAGCAUCCACCGCCUUCACGGCCGUCUCAACAUUCGGAUUAUUGGAAGUGGCCUUGUCGGCACUGCCACACAUCAUCAUCCCCAACUUGCAAGCCAAAAUCAGCGUUGAUCGAAUCGAUAAAUUUCUGGCAAGUCCUGACAGAUCAUCAACUCGGUCUUUCGCGGCCUCUAGCAUCGUUUUCGAUGAUGCGACCAUCGCUUGGCCGGUGACUGAAGGAAGCGAAAACGUUGGGUAUCGUAUUUCCAGAAUCAGCGUCGAAUUUCCGUCAAAAGGACUGUCUGUCGUGACCGGCCGCACUGGUACUGGAAAGUCACUGCUGCUUUCUUCAAUUCUCGGAGAGUGCGACGUCGUUUCUGGCUCAGUGAAAGUCCCGGAAAGUUCGCCCGAAGCUUGGAGGGAGCCGCCAGGCAGUGCAGAAGACUGGAUCAUCGACUCAGCCAUCGCAUAUGUCGCCCAGAGUGCCUGGACUGACAAUGGCACGGUUAGGCAAAAUAUCGUCUUUGGCUUGCCAUUCGAUCGACAGCGGUACCAACAGGUGAUCUUUAGCUCUGGUUUGGAGAAAGAUCUCGAGAUUUUGGAAGACGGAGACCGCACAGACAUUGGUGCCAAUGGCGUAAAUCUGAGCGGUGGCCAGCGUCUACGUGUCUCCUUUGCGCGUGCACUCUACUCGAGAGCAGGAAUUCUGAUCAUGGAUGACAUCUUUUCAGCUCUCGACGCUGGUACUGGCCACCAUGUAUACGAGCACGGUCUCACUGGACCACUUGCUGCAGGCAGGACCAGGAUUCUGGGUACCCAUCAUAUCGCCCUUGUCGUGCCACAAACGGACUUCUGCGUAGUAUUGGCAGACCAGUCCGUCGCCUGUUCUGGAUCCGUGCCCGAGCUGAAAGGAAAUGAGAUGUUCGACAAGCUGCUCGUCGCGGGAGAUCGCGAGGAGAAGGGCGAUGGUGAGAACUCAGAAACAGCCGUUGCGAAACACGGAGAUCCUAAGGACGAUGAGCAGGAAGGUCGCAAGUUCAGCCCCGAGGAAGAGCGUGCGGCCGGAUCUGUUCCACUGAGCAUGUACUGGAAAUUCUUCACUGGCGAGUUGUCUCCUUGGCUGUGGGCCCUAGGCGUCCUUGCUGCCCUGCUGUUCAUGUUGUUUGGCUUUGGUCGAAGCUACUGGCUGAACAUUUGGACCCGUGGUGGGAUGAGCAGCACACAAUUGUAUGGCGAGCACGAAACCUCGCUUCAAUCCGUUGCUGCCCUCACCCAGCAGCGCCUCGCCACCGUGACAGUACCAGACAAUCUGGGGCUCUAUAUUGGUGUAUAUGUUGGCCUAUCGCUUGCUGCUGGCGUAGUCGGCACCUUAAGAUUCAUGCUGAUCCGCACUGCGUCUUUGCGAUCAUCCCAGGCACUCUUCAAGAGCCUGCUGUCGGCUGUCUUGGCGGCGCCACUUCGAUGGGUCGAUACGGUGCCGCUGGGUCGAGUGUUGAAUAGAUUCACGGCCGACGUGUACACCAUGGAUAAUCUUCUCGGAAGCGAUGCAGCGGAUGUCCUUUUGUGGUUUUUCCAGGUCGUCGGUGUUGUGAUUGCGAGCAUAUUUGUCUCACUCAUCGUCCUUGUGCCAGCAUUAAUCCUGUCUGCUGGCUCCAUGAUGCUGGCCGUCAUAUACCUUCGAGCCGCUAGAGAGGCGAAGAGAUUGGAGAGCGUAUCAAGAAGUCCAAUUCUGGAGCAGUUCACAUCAAGCUUGCUGGGAUUGACGACCAUUCGAGCCUUCGACCAGACGCGAAAGUAUACGAAGAUCAUCCUAGCUCGCAUCGAUGGCUACGCCAAAGCAUCAUGGCAUCUCUGGCUGUUGAACUGGUGGCUUCAGCUUCGCAUCAACCUCCUGGGUAGUCUUUUCCUGGUCACAGUCGCCUUCCUUGUCGUCAAACUUGGUGUGUCUGCUUCAUUGGCCGGUUUCGCUAUCAGCUCGUUGUUGCAAUAUGGCAAGGCCGUAUCGGACAUGAUUCGAUUUUACGCCAACUUCGAAAUGGGCAUGAACGCCACUGAGCGUGUGAUCGAUUACGCUGAUAUCAGGACCGAGCCGAAAGAUGGCGACGAGCCGCCGGCAUCGUGGCCGAGUAAAGGUACAAUGGUAGUUGACAAUCUUACUGUCAGCUACGCGCCAGAGCUGCCUCCCGUCCUGAAAAAACUCUCAUUCACUCUCAAGAGCAACGAGCGUAUGGGUGUCGUUGGUCGAACAGGUGCUGGAAAGUCAACGCUCGCGCUUGCUUUAUUCCGAUUCAUGAAUGUGAGCGAAGGUCAGGUCACGAUCGAUGGAUUGGACAGCGCGAAGCUGAAACUCCAUGCGCUUCGACGCGCUCUGGCCAUUGUUCCACAACAGCCAACUUUGUUCACUGGAACAAUCAAGUCGAAUCUCGAUCCAUUCGACUGGUAUUCCGAGGCAGAGUUGAAUGACGCUUUGGAGCGAGUGCACCUUGGAUCUGCGAACGACACUUCCACCUCUUUUGCGCUGAAUGCCCCUGUAUCGGAAGGAGGCGAAAAUUUUUCACAAGGACAACGUCAACUUUUGUGCUUGGCACGAGCCAUUCUCCAGCAGCCAAAGAUUAUGAUUCUCGACGAAGCCACAUCGUCUGUUGACAUGGAGACCGAUGGGUACAUCCAGCAGGCCAUUCGAUCUGAAUUCGGACGUAACAUGAGCUCCUUGCUCGUGAUUGCGCAUCGAUUAAGCACCAUUGCAGACUUCGAUCGUAUACUGGUCAUGGACCAUGGAGAGAUUGUCGAGCUUGGAACACCGAAAGAAUUGCUUGCCAUUGAGAAGGGUGUCUUCCGGGAGCUUGUCAACCAGAGCGGUGAGAAGGCUCUGUUGGAGAAGACCAUUCUAGGCGAGCAGCAGUAUUCGGAAUUGUCAAGUUCCUCUCUCUAA